AUGACCCACACAACAUACGCCCACGCCAGCAACCCUGACGCCCAAAUCCGAACACGCUCUAAACAAAGCGAAGAAUCGUCCCCGCCGCGCGGGCUGUCUCCCGUCCCUGGAAAACCUGACACGCGCACGCCCCAUCAUCGUCCCCGCCCUCGUCCACAGCGGCCCCGCGCAGCAAGUUUCACCAUAGCGGGAAGGUCGCAGAGCAGCACGCGGGGGUCCUACGGGUCUUUCACGGCCUCGUCUCCGCGAUCUGAGCUAGGCGGUGCUGGUACUAGCUCACAUUUUCACUUUCACUCCACCACCGAACAGGGCGACGACGACGACGGGAUGGACCCCUCCCCUUCCUCGCCAUCCUAUCACGCCUAUUCUUACACCUACGUCCCUCCACCGCCUAAUCCCAAUAACGCCCCAAACGCCUGUACGCGCUUCAUCCUCCUCCUCACCGGCAUCCUCCUCUUCCUCUUCCUAUGCGUUGCCUCCUUCCGUACCCGAUACGACGCCCAAACGCGGUUCAAGCUGGACUUUGCCUCUCAGGAAUGGUACCCCGAUAGAUGUUAUGCCCAAGAUCGCGUGAGGGACGAAUUUGGAUUUCUGGGUGACCUAGACAGUACGGGUUCGGGUGGUGCUAGAGGAGGAGGUGGUGGUGGUGGUGGUGGUGGUAGGCCUGUCGCUGUGUUCGGGCUUUCUGGUAGGGAUAGUAUUGGUAGAACUGGAGAUGGGGAUUCUCGGGGGAAGACUGUCGACAAACCUCGAGUGGACGAAGCACGCCCAGAGAUGGAAUCUCUCAACCUUACCGGCGUUCGCCCGAACGACGUCUCACUUCCACCCGGCCUCAAUCUCUCACGACCACACCCCGAUUCACGACUCUCAAAGGGCAAGGGCAGGAAAGACGUGAAAACUCCGAUGGACCUGAGGAAACCACCGCUCAUCGACCGAUCCAUCCUCGCCAAACUGGAGAAGCUGGAGCGGAAAUACAUGUCCAUGUCUUCGACUGACUCUGGAUCUGGUGGGGAAUUCAAGGAAGGGAAUGGAGAGACGAGGACAGAGGAGGUGCGGAGACCACCCAUGAUCACCGCCAUACCAGAAGGAAGGCCAUCUUCCUCGCAUAGACACGGCGGGGAGCCUGGCUCGAAGCACUCAGACUCCAAACCUACCCCACAUUGGAGCCGCAAUUCAUCCUCCCCUCCUCAGUCUCUGUCGAACUUCAACAUCACCGAUCUCUGUUCCACCACUUCGACAUCCGUCGGGAGCACCUCCACACGCAGCCCCUGCAAGUUCCUCCUCCCCAUUCGCAUCGCCGAACAAGAAUCCAAAGCCCGCCUACACUUUAGGCAAAUCGCCUUCCUCGCCCAGAGGUUAGAUCGAAUCCUCGUCCUGCCAAACGUUGGCAAGAGUCGGAUUGGCGCGUGUUUCAAGUGGGGAUUUGGGACAUACUACGAUGUGUCUUCGGAGGGGUUGAGGGCACAGGCGGAGGAACUGAGUGCUGGUGGUGGUGGCGGUGGUGGACACGGGCGGCUGGGGAUGGUGUCGUUGGAAGAGUGGAAGGCGUGGGCUGAACGGGAGUCGGAGAGGAUGGGGAAGGGUGUUGAUGCGCAGCUGGUAUCGUUUGGAGCGUCGUUGCCCGCGUCUAUCACUCCUGAUGCAGAGCUUGGUGAUUCCGGCGAGAGUGCACCUGGCUUACAGAUCCACCCAUACGACACUGAGCUUGCGUCCGAGAGCCAGUUCCCCUGGUGUUUCCACUCCAAGUUCGACUUUCUGGGCCUUCGUGACCGAUCGGUGUUCGCGACGGUUGACAUCCCUAAAGAGGUCAGAAUGGGUCUUCGAGCUGCCCCACAGGGAGAACUAGGGGAGAGCGUCGUCGCUGCGCUUCAGCAGACCGGGCCUUCGCCAAGAGAAGACUCUGAGGACGGUCAAUCCCCUCUCAGCGCCGACGCACCUAUCACAUCGGAUAGCAGCCCAGACGUCCUCGUCGUGAACUGGGACCUCCGACAUCCACUCUUCCACCCUUCUGGCUUACCCCACCUCUCAUACUCACCCGCCCUAGUAUCCCUCGCCGACAAACUCGUACCCAACACCACCCGAUACCUCGCCAUCCACUGGAGAAUGGAAACGGUCGACCCCGAAGCUCUCAAAUCGUGCGCUCACUCUCUGGUCGACGUUCUUUCGGACAUGUUGCAUGAUGUUCGACAUCUCGCAAAGGACGUGGGGACGGUGUGGUUCGCUAGUGAUUAUCCUCACCCGUUGGUUCGAGAUGAAGGCACAGGGGUUACAGCCAAGUCUGGGACGUUCAGGAACUUUAACGAACAUCAUGACGAGGCCAUUGCGAUUUUUCGUAGUGCUUUCGACGGUGGUGGCGAGCUGGCAGGAUGGAGAUUGAUGGACGCCGCCGGUGCAAUGCGAGAAGCGGCGUUCAAGAAAGAAGAGGAGGCGCUCCUGCAGGAUACAGGGGUCCUAGGGAUUGUCGACAAGAUGAUUGCGAUGAAAGCGACGUUGUUCGUGAGCGGGUCGAAAAAGUGUAGUCGCCAGAGGUGA